CGGUGUUUGUAUAUCCACUAGUCAUAAAUAUCUCGAUCAAGCAGACAAGCACUGAACGAUCACCCACUAGUCAUAAAUAUCUCGAUCAAACAGACAAGCACUGAACGAUCAUUCUUUUAUAACUUUUGAAUUUCUAAUUUGGAAAAGUCGCUAUGUACGCUCCCGGUUACACAACCGGUUACACAGCGUAAAAAGCCCCACCCCCGCUUUGGUAACCGUAUUAACCCCCACCUCUCUCCCCCUUUUUUUUUCUUCGUUCGUCUCUCUCUCCCCUGCGCAAAAGAAUUGUCUGUGUCAUUCGUUUCUUUCGUUUGUUAUCCUUUCUGUCAGGGACAGUCCGGCGGCGAGGAGAAGCGCUGAUCGAGAUUCUGAGGCGGAGAUGGAACCGAGUAAGACGUAUGGCGGCGACGAGGCGGAGAUCGAACCGAGUAAGCCGUAUGGCGGAGACGAGGCGGAGAUGGAACCAAGUAAGACGUAUGGCGGCGGCGACGAACUUGGCCUGGGCUGGAGAUGGGAGGAUAUAUUCGGUCCAAGUCCCGGCAACACGCCAACGGCCAUGGAAGGCUUUGAAAAUGCGACGGAACCCAUCAUGAAAGGCCAUGAAGACACGACGGCGGGUGCAACGGAAGGAGUUCAACACACUCCGGUAGGCGAUGAAGGGACGGCGGAUGUGAAAGCUGAUCAAGGUUGGUGUUUUUUUUCGUCUUUUCUUCAUGGAUGUUAUGUGGUUUGGUAUUGAAGCUUCAAAAACAACGUUUUUUUAUCUGCAGACAAAUUAGUAUUGUCUGUUUAUACUAUAUAUAGAAGUAAAUUGUCUGGUGGAGACAUUUGUUGUGUAUUCGUACAGACAUUUAUUGAUCAAUAUGUAUGUUUGUGAGUGGUCACACCCUAUGGGAAGACAUUAUGAAGAUAAUAGACUGGGUUUUAAAUGUCAUUAUAAUACUAUUUUUG